CCUCGAAUAUUCCACCAAAUUCCCGGCGUUUACUUCGCCGUCGGUCUUCGCAUUCUUCCUCGAGCCAGCAACCAAGAUAGAAGCGCAAAUCCUUCGCCUAGCGGCCUUCUCAAACUCCACCAAUUUCAUCCAAUUAAUCUCCAGUUCUAGCACUCUAAUGGCAGAAGCCGCGGCCGUGUCCGCCCUUCUCAGAGUAGUAAUGGGGAAGCUGGCCACCGGUGCGUGGAAAGAGAUUUCCCCGCUAAAGAGCGUCCAGAGACACAUCAAAAAGCUUCAGAGCACUCUCUCCACCAUCCAAGACGUCCUCGAAGACGCCGAGGAGCGAUCGCCCCACGAGAAAUCUCUCCGCAACUGGCUGCGCAAGCUCAAGGAUGCCGCCUACGAUGCUGACGACGUGGUCGACAAAUUCCACAUCGUAGCUCUCCGACGAAGGCGGCGACAUGGAAAAGUACGCAAACUCUUCUCUCCUUCCCUCUCUCUUGCAUUUCGCUUUCGGAUGGCUAAGAAAAUCAAGAAGAUUAGGAAGAGAUUGGACGAGAUUGCGGCUGAGAGAUUCAAGUUUCAUUUGAGAGAGGGGCCCGUUUCCGAUAGGCGGGUUGAAAUCGGCCAUCGGUUCACGAGUUCGGCGGUAGAUGAGUCUGAGGUUUAUGGAAGAGAUGAGGAUAGAGAGAAAUUGGUCGAUUUGUUGGUCGAUACUGGUAGCGACAAGGAAGUCGUCGUAGUUCCACUGGUCGGCAUGGGAGGUCUCGGCAAGACCACUCUUGUCAAAUUAGUUUAUAAUGAUGAGAGGAUUAAGCGGCACUUUGAGCUUCGGAUUUGGAUCUGCGUCUCCGAAGAUUUUGACGUGAGGAGGCUGGCAAGGGCGAUGAUAGAAUGCGUCACUCAAGAGGAUUGUCGUCUAUUUGAAUUGGAAACCAUGCAGCUCCGUCUCCGAUCACUCCUGCAAGGGAGGAAAUUCUUGCUUGUUCUCGAUGAUAUUUGGAACGAGAAUGAAGGGAAGUGGGAUGAUUUCAAGUGCUUGCUAAAGGGCUGCGCACGUGGAAGCAAGGUCAUUGUAACUACACGGAACGAGAGAAUUGCGGUGAUGAUGGGUAGCAUAGCUCCAUUCCAAUUAAAAGGUCUGGGAGAUGAUGACUGUUGGACUCUGUUCAAGCACAAGGCUUUUGGAACGGGGAGAGUGAAGGAGACCCCAAGUUUAGAAGCCAUUGGAAAGGAGAUUGUCAAGAAAUGUGGAGGAGUGCCUUUAGCAGUGAAGGCUCUAGGAAGCCUCAUGAACACUAAAAGAGAUGAAGCAGAGUGGAUAGCUAUCAGAGAUUGUGAAAUUUGGAGAUUACCACAGGAAAGAACGGAAAUAGUUCCCGCCCUAAGGUUGAGUUAUGAUCAUUUACCAUCUCGGUUGAAGCAGUGUUUUGCAUAUUGUUCAUUGUUCCCAAAAGAUUACGAAAUUAGGAAACAUGUGCUAAUUGAGAUGUGGGUAGCAGAAGGUUUCAUUUCAUCGAUUGAUGAAGGGAUGCUUGAGGAGGAUGCCGGUAAUGAGUAUUUCAAUAUAUUGCUCUGGAGUUCCUUUUUCCAAGAAGUCACGGAGUAUUUAGAUGGUAGGGUAAUAACAUGUAAGAUGCAUGAUCUAGUCCAUGACCUUGCUCUAUCAAUUGCAGGAGAAGAAUGCCUGACCAUGGAAGUUGGAAACCAGAAAAAUAUUCCUGAAAGAUGCCACUAUUCAUCAUUAAUUUGUAAUGAGAUGUCAUUAACAAUUUCAAAGUUCUCUUCUGAAGCAAAAAGGCUAAGGUCAUUCCUUGUGCUGCAGCCAGGUGAUUAUUUCUCCCAUAGUCGCAGCCCUGCAGAGGUUCCUGAAAAUAUGCUAUCUGCUCUAACUCAUUUGCGGGUUCUCGAUUUGAGUGGGUGUAGAGUUAGAAAGCUUCCUGAUGCAAUUGGCAAGCUGGAACAUCUGAGGUUUCUUGACCUGUCAAGGACGGAGGUUGAAUCUUUACCAAACUCUAUCACUCGCCUACAUAACCUGCAAACGCUGAACCUUCGAGACUGCAGAGAACUGCAUCAGUUACCUAAAGGAAUAAAAAACUUGAGCAAUCUUAGGCAUCUGGAUAUAUAUGGAUGCAAAUUGUUGGCCCGAAUGCCCUCGGGAAUGGGGCAAUUAAGUAAGCUCCAGACAUUAACAAUGUUCACUGUGGGUGAGGAUUGUGGGAGUACCUUUGCUGAGCUGCAAGGCCUGAACCUAAUAAGAGGUUAUCUCGAAGUCAAUAAUCUCCAAAAUUUGAAGAAUCCUGUAGAAGCCGGGAAAGCUGAAUUGAAGGCAAAGAGGGGGCUGCGAAUGUUGCAAUUAAACUGGAAAAGAGAGGCAGAUACAGGGCCAAGCGAAAAUGUGGAGAACGUUCUAGAAGGCCUCAAGCCACACACUAAUCUGGAGCAGCUGGAGAUAAAAGAGUAUGGGGGCAUCAAUUUUCCAGCAUGGAUGACAGCAAUAUCACCAUUGUCAUCUUAUACAAGUCUGGUCCAAAUCAUACUAUCUUAUUUUAAAAGAUGCACGCAUCUUCCACCAUUUGGUCAACUUCCAUCACUUAAACUUCUACUUUUAAUCAGUUUUCCUGCUUUGAGGAAAAUCAGCACCGAGUUCUAUGGCGACACAGGCACUUUUCCCUCGCUAGAAAGUCUUCAAUUCAUGCACAUGCCUAAUUUGGAGGAAUUGCUGCUAGCAAUACCUGGAAGAGAGACAUUCCCUCGCCUCACUUAUUUCAGAGCCAUAGGCUGUCCCAAUUUGACAGCACAACCAUCCAUUCCAUCCUCAAUCAUGAGUUUGGAAAUACAGAAAUGCAAAAUGGAGCUAUUGUUAGCUGGUGACAGUAUCGGGCUGGGUUCAUCGCUCAAGAAACUGGUCAUUUAUAAUUGUAGAGCACCAUCACCAUCCUGGUGGAACAGGCUGCAGUACCUCACGGCCCUUGAGGAUUUAAGAAUUGAUGGAUGUGAAGAUCUAACUUGUUUGCCAGAAGGCAUUGUGCGGAACUUCUCUUCACUUCGGAUCAUGACCAUUGGCAAUCACCAAAAUUUGAGCUCUUUAGGGGAAGAAGGGCCGCAGCAGUGCCUUCUUACUUCUCUCCGUCACCUAAAGAUUUACAGAUGUGCCAGAUUGUCUGCAUUACCUGAAUGGCUGGGUGGCCUCACAUCACUUCGGCGUCUAGAAAUCAUAAAUUGUCGCAAUCUAACAAGCUUGCCUAAUGGGAUACGGCUCCUCACAACACUCCAGGAUCUCAGCAUCAGAUUUUGUCCUGUUUUGGAGCGUCGAUGUGAAAGGGGGAGAGGCGAGGACUGGGACAAGAUUGCACAUAUUCCAUGCAUUGAUAUAGGGUUAGCAAGUGCUUCAACUUUAGAAAUGGAUGCAUCUUGAUCACCUGAUACUGUUGUCUGCUGAGUUCUGACAAACUCUUCACCUCACAUUAUACUCGUCUGCAAAGGUAAUUUGUUUCUUGAGCAUUGGACAGAUAGCCAUUUGAUUGUAUGUUGGUGUGGACAAGAUCAUAAGAGCUUCUCAGAGGCGUUAUAGGAAGAUUAUGCUUUGUGCUUUUUGACCAUGGGGCAUUGAGCAUCUUUAAUCAGGGUUCUUCUUGUUGCUUUAUCAGCUUCAUUGAGAUCUUAUGUUUUACUAGUUCUGUCUUAUUUACCAUGUCGGUUUAAUUUGUUGGAGUAUCAUUGCUUAGUGAGAUCUGCUACACUCAAGAUUGAGUUCUAUUAUCAGAAUAAUCUUUCAUGCUAUUUUUUGUGUGGCUGGAUUUUUUUGAAAUCUGAACUGUAUUGUUCAAAAUAUUUUCAUUCAGUUUUUACUCUAUA